AUGUUCCCACGGAGGAAACCAGCUCCACUGGCUUUUCACCGAAAUCUCCCCCAGUUUCCCCCACAGUCUUCAUUCGGACUUUUGCCUCUUUUUUUUCCUUUUUUUUUUCCUUUUCGUUUUUUUCGUCUUUUUUUUCCCUUUUUUUUUUCGAAAAAUUCGAAUUUUCAAUUUUCAAUUUUUCCCUUUCUUUUUUUCCCCCGAUUCCGACCCCCUUCUCCGAUUUCUCCCUUCCCCCUCCAUUCUUCCUACUUUAUAUUUGUGACUCCCCAGAUCGUCAUCUCCAGGUUUCUUCCUUUUUUUUCUUUCCUUCUUCCAUCUCUGCACAUGCCACUACCGACUUCUUCCGUGGGUUUCUCCAAUCUACUCAAUCACGACGACAAUCCAGACAUGGCGUCUUCUGUUAGCUUGCUGCCGCCGCUCAUGAAGGGUGCUCGCCCAGCCACGGAGGAGGUGCGCCAGGAUUUGCCUAGGCCUUACAAGUGUCCUCUUUGCGACCGUGCAUUCCACCGCCUGGAGCAUCAGACGAGACACAUUCGGACGCACACCGGCGAGAAGCCCCACGCCUGUCAAUUUCCCGGCUGCACCAAGCGAUUCAGUCGCUCCGACGAGCUGACUCGACACUCGCGCAUUCACAACAACCCCAAUUCGCGCCGUAGUAACAAGGCCCAGCACCUCGCGGCCGCCGCUGCCGCCGCGGCCGGCCAGGAGUCCGGCAUGGUGACACCCACCAACAUGAUGCCCCCGCCCAGCAAGCCCAUCACCCGCUCGGCCCCCGUUUCCCAGGUUGGCUCGCCGGACGUGUCGCCUCCUCACUCCUUCUCCAACUACGCCAACCACAUGCGCUCCAACCUGGGUCCCUACUCCCGCAACACCGACCGCGCCUCCUCCGGAAUGGACAUCAACCUGCUCGCGACAGCCGCCUCGCAAGUCGAGCGCGACGACCACCUGGGAUUCCACGGAUCCCGCAACCAUCAGAUGUUCGGAUCCCGCCACGGCACCGGUCGCGGCCUCCCUUCGCUCUCUGCGUACGCCAUUUCUCAAAAUAUGACGCGCUCGCACUCCAAUGAUGACGAGGACCACUUUGGGGGCCACCGAGUCAAGCGCUCACGUCCCAACUCGCCCAACUCCACUGCUCCUUCUUCUCCUACUUUCUCCCACGACUCUCUUUCCCCGACUCCCGACCACACCCCGCUCGCGACCCCGGCUCACUCGCCUCGUCUGCGUCCCCUGGGCGCCAGCGAGCUCCACCUGCCCUCCAUCCGCCACCUUUCUCUUCAGCACACACCUGCCCUGGCUCCCAUGGAACCCCAACCUGAAGGUCCCAAUUACUACAGUCCCAAUCAGGGUCACAUGGGUCCCACCAUCGCCGACAUCAUGUCAAAACCCGACGGCACACAGCGCAAACUCCCUGUGCCCCAGGUCCCCAAGGUUGCCGUGCAGGACAUGCUCAACCCGGCCUCUGGGUUCCCAUCCAUGAACUCGUCCGCCAACAAUUCCGUUGCGGGUGGAGACUUGGCGGAUCGGUUCUAG